AUGAAUGCAUAAAAAUUUUAUUAUGGAGACGACGUUAUUGAAAAAAGCAAGGAUUACUUAUUUUAAGUUUAAACUAACAAUAGUAUUGGAUCUUAGAGUGGUAAGAGGAUAAUAAUUAAACAGAUAACAAAGAAUUCAUCAUAACCUAAUCUAGGAUCAUAAUUUAAUGGUAUAAAAAAUAUUACAGAAUACAAUUCAGAUUAAACUGGAAUAGAUAUACUUAAUAAAAGAAGAACCUUUAUCUUCUAAAAAGAACCUCAAGAAUAAGAUCAUUCAGGAGUUGUAUAAUCUUCAAAAAUUAAAAUAAUUAAAGUACCAUUUAAAAAAAUACAAACAUCUUGUGAAAAUCUUCAAAUUAAAAAUCUUAAGACACAUUCUCAUAUGAAUAGUUUUGAUAAAGAUUAAUAAUUUCUUUAAGGUCUUCUUUUUCAAGAUUAAAUAAAAGAAGAGAGAAUAAUAAGAUCUAAAUUAACUAGAUCUCAAUUAUUAAUGCAUACUUAUACUUAAAAUUCUGAAAUCUCAUUAGAAUAGGGUUUGAAAUAUACAACCUAAUCAUCAUUUAGAAGAGAAAGCUAAAAGGAAUUAAAGGAUAAAAAGUAUUCUUACUUUUAAUAUUAGAUUAUCAGAAUAUAAGCAAUAUAGUUAUAAAUUAGUAAUGGCAUUUGAUUAUAUGCUUUAAAUUAUUCGAAAAGAAAAUAAAUUAGAAAAUUUAUUGAAUAAUAUUUAAUAAUUUGCAGGAUUCAUGAAUUUAACUUAUAAUUUAACCAAUUUGCCUUUAAAUAUUAAUGUAAAUUGUUUUUAUAAUUUAGGGAUUAGAAUAAAUGUUAAAGACUCCAAAGUAUUUGUUAAAAACUCUUAAACCUUUCAUUCCUUAGAAUUUAGAGAAACUCUUAUUUGAAGAUUAAGAAUGUCAAAAGUUUCGAUCUCUCACUUUUCCAUUCUAAUUAUUUUACAUACUGUUUAAUUAAUCUGAAUUAAUUGAUAUCACUAUGAAUUCAGUUGUUAAAUUUAUUAUUAAAUAACCAAAAGAUUGUUAGGAAUUAUACCAUCAAAUAGUGAAGAUAUUAUUAAAUUAGAAUUGUAAUCAACAAGAAUUCUAACUAAUUUAAUAAUUAUUUGAAAAGUAUUAUAGUUUAAAUUAUGAAUCAUUAUUAAAUGAAGCUUACUCAUAUUAUAAAAUAUAGGUUGAAUAUGAAUAUGUUAAAUAACUAUAUUGUUUUUGUAUUAAAGUUUAGGAAGCUUUAUCUCAGAAAAUAUUAAAUGAAGGAAAAAAGAAAUAAAUAUAUGAUAAAGGAUUUGAUUUUAAAGCUGCCUUAAAAAAUAUUAAAUGCAAAGAUGUAUUAUAUAAAUUAUUUAAUAUAGAUUAAUCAUGAUAAUUUAUUCGUUUAAUCCAUACCUCAAAAACGUUAGAUUAAUAUAUAAUUAGAUAAUUUUGAAUAAAAAUUUGGUAAAAUUAAUACUAUUUCAAAUAUUCAGAGAGAACAUGCUAAAUUGGCUGACAUGAAACACAAUUAACUUUUUGAAAAGAUUCUCAAAUUAUAAUAACAUUGA